UUGUCGCCAGAGCCCUGUCGCUGGUCUUACGUCGCCCAGGCUUUGUCGUCUGUCGCCUCACUUGACAGGCUCACUUGACACGACGCCACCUGCGACAUGAUGAUACCUGGAUGACACGGCAAUAUCAGACGUCAAAGCAGUUAUGUCGUUAGUCCAAUAAAGUGGGAUAACAGUUUGCCCCCAAUUGUGAGUUUGCGGAGUGUAUACAAAGCAAAAGAAACAAUUCAAAAUUCAAAAAGUAAACCGUCUACAACCGUCCAGUUCGUGGGACGGAACCGUUCCGAUUCUCGAAGUAAUAAAUGCCAAUUUUUUGCGACAUGCAAUAAAGCGUCUUAGAAUUUUUCGAAGAAAGUUUCCAGAUCUGAAAACAAGAGAGAGAAAAGGAAGGGAGGAAUUGCUUUCGUUGCUUCGAUUUAGCCACACCCAUGUAAAAUUUCGAUCAUUUCCUUCGAUUUUCUUGUAGAUUUUAGUAGAGCGAUGGCAAAAACUAGGCCGACCGUGGUUAAGGAUAAGGAAGAUGUUGGGGUUAGUCGGGCCAAGUCACUCAACCCGAUCUACUCUACUGUUGAGGAUCCAGCGGCUUUUAUAACUCUCGCCGGUCUGCCACCGUCGGCUGAAGUGAGGAUUCCUGGUCAAGAGGAUGAGGCCAAGGAUUGCCCGGAGGGUUAUGUGGUUAUGUAUGAGUACCCUUUUAUUCUGGGGUUUUUGUUUCCUUUUACACCCUUGGCUAGAUCUUUUGUCGAGGUGUUCCAUUUAAGCCCUGGCCAAUUGAUGCCUCAGAUCUGGCGUAUUUUUACUGUAGUGCAUAGGGUUACUUCGGGUUGGCGAACACCGUUUGACUUGGCUGAUCUGAUGCAUGUUUAUGAUUUAUCCUUGAAGGAGUGUUGUCGGUAUACUUUGGUGACGAAGAAAAAGAAGAAGAAUUUGUGUGUCGGGUUAGCUGUAAAUGAUAGGGGUUGGCAAAGUCGUUUUGUUUAUGUGAAUAAGGCGUCUCUGGGAGAAGUAGGAAACUUCUUAGUGGAAGGGUGGACGACGGAAGUUGUUGAUACGUCGUUAGCUGGUUUGAACUCUGACUCUCACGAUAAGUGUUUGAGGUUUCUGGGUUGUUCUGUCGUGGAGAGAUCGUUCAGCCGUGACGGAGGUCGUUUGGGAAGUCAAGAGGGGAGUCAAGCUGGUGACGUUGACGAGGAGGAGACUGAAGACGAGACGAUUUGCUUAGUUCGUCAUCGACGGAAGUUGGACUUACGCGAGGAGGUCGUUGCGAAUUCGUCGUCUGCAUCAGAGGAAGAGUUUGAGAUGGCUGACACAUCAGGUAUUUUUGGUUUGGUUUCUUAUUUGCCUGGUUUAUCUGCGGGGUGUGUUUUUGAUGGUUUCUCGCUUUGUUUGUUGAAGAGAAUACGCUGUCGUCUAAGCCAGUGUCGAGGAUGUCACAGAGCGAGAUGA